UGGUGUUUGGUCGUGCCGCCGGAGGAAUUGUCGCCGCCGGGUCAGGUGCCUGAGAGACCCCGCGGAGACCCCAGAGUCUCCGGAGAGAGGCGGAGCGGCGAGGCGAGCGGGGAUUUCUGUCAGCGCCGGCGUCCCAGAGCGCGGAGACAUGAACGGCUUCACGCCGGAGGAGAUGAGCCGCGGCGGGGACGCGGCAGCCGCUGUGGCCGCCGUGGUCGCCGCCGCCGCCGCCGCCGCCGCCGCUUCGGCAGGGAACGGGGCAGGGGCCGGCGCCGGGGCUGAGGUGCCGGGUGCCGGGGCCGUCUCGGCGGCUGGGCCCCCGGGAGCGGCAGGGCCCGGGCCCGGACAGCUGUGCUGUCUGCGGGAGGAAGGUGAGCGGUGCGGCCGUGCGGCAGGCAACGCCAGCUUCAGCAAGAGGAUCCAGAAGAGCAUCUCCCAGAAGAAGGUGAAGAUCGAGCUGGAUAAGAGCGCAAGGCAUCUUUACAUUUGUGAUUAUCAUAAAAACUUAAUUCAGAGUGUUCGAAACAGAAGAAAGAGGAAAGGGAGUGAUGAUGAUGGAGGAGAUUCACCUGUUCAAGAUAUUGAUACUCCAGAGGUUGAUUUAUAUCAAUUACAAGUAAAUACACUUCGGAGAUACAAAAGACACUUCAAACUGUCAACCAGACCAGGACUUAAUAAAGCACAACUUGUUGAGAUAGUUGGUUGCCACUUUAGGUCUAUUCCAGUGAAUGAAAAAGACACCUUAACAUAUUUCAUCUACUCAGUGAAGAAUGACAAGAACAAAUCAGAUCUCAAGGUUGAUAGUGGUGUUCACUAGGAGAGAUGGAAUUGAGACUAAGACUUGGAUGUUCAGAUGUUAAGACUGUUUACUGUUUUUUCACAUGUAGAAAUGUUCCUUGUGUAUUUUUUUACAGAGGAUUUUCUCUGGUUUUAUUUUCUUUGUUUCUGACUCUAAUAAUUAGUUGGAAACUCAUGUAAAAUGAGCUUUCCUAGAUUAAAAAAUAUUUUAAAUAAAGGUGAUUACUAUUA